UUGUUGUCCCUAUUGUUAAUAGAGGUCCCAUAUCACCUCACAGGGAUAAAGAAUUUGAAGCCAUGAUCAGAAGGGAUCUGGCUAAUAUUGUACCUGGAUUGGGAGACAAUGGGACUGCCGUUAAGUUAAGUGGGGAAGAAGCAAAACUCGCCCAACAGGUGAUGAGGAAGGAGGCAAUUAAUCUUGUAGCUAGCAACAAAGUGUCUUAUAACAGGACUGUUGUGGACAAUCGUCAUCCUUUAUGCAAGAGUGUGCAGUAUGAUGACGAUCUUCCUCCUGCAAGUGUAGUAAUCAUCUUUAACAAUGAAGGCUGGAGCUCUCUGAUUCGCACAGUCCACAGUGUACUGAAUCGAUCACCAGCACACUUGCUGAAAGAAAUUAUUCUUGUUGAUGAUAACAGUGAUAGAGAGGAACUGAUGGGGAAGUUGGAAUACUACAUGCGGACUCGUUUACCCAACAAGGUUGUCCUCCACCGACUGACUCAGCGAAGUGGACUUAUUCGAGCUCGUUUAGAAGGGGCUAAAUUAGCUACUGGAGAAGUUCUAGUAUUUCUUGAUGCCCAUUGUGAAGUUGGAACUCAGUGGCUAGAACCACUGCUGCAGCGCAUCAAAGAGAAGCGCACAGCUGUGGUGGUGCCGAUCAUAGACUGGAUAGACGACCUCACACUGGAGUACACCCCCGACGUUGAGGGCGGGCUGUUGGUGGAGGUUGGCGGCUUCUCAUGGAGCGGAUUCUUCUCCUGGCAUGACAUAACCGACCGAGAGCUCAACCGCAGACAUUCAGCUAUAGCCCCUGCCUGGUCUCCAACAAUGGCUGGAGGUCUGUUUGCGAUUGAUGCUGACUAUUUUUGGGAGUCAGGAUCAUACGAUGACAAGAUGGACCUUUGGGGUGGAGAGAAUUUAGAGAUGUCAUUCAGGAUUUGGCAAUGUGGGGGGACUCUGGAGACGAUUCCUUGCUCACGAGUGGGCCACAUAUUCCGCUUGUUCCACCCUUACUCAUUCCCAGGACACAAGGGCACCCACGGCAUCAACACCGCUCGUACUGUUGAAGUCUGGAUGGACGACUAUAAGGAACUUUUCUAUAUGCACCGACCCGAUCUAAGGAAUGCUGACAUCGGUGAUGUGUCACAACGUAAGGAACUGAGAAAAAGGCUCAAAUGCAAGAGUUUCAAGUGGUAUUUGGAGAACAUUUACCCCGACAAGUUUAUUCUCAAUGAAAAUGUCCAGGCGUAUGGAAGGCUUAUAAAUGAAGCAACACACUUAUGUUUUGACACUCCUCACGGUGAACUGAAUCCAGACUAUAACGUAGGAAUCUACACUUGCGACGGAACCAUCAUCGGUGGCCAG